AUGCCGCCCACAACAAGGCUGGCGACAGCAUCCAAGCGGGAGGCCCAACACCACCAAGAAACUCCUGUGGCCAAAUUACGCCAAUUCAGAGCAUGGUCACCUUCUUCUUAUCCAUUCUCACCAUCCACGCCGUUCCCCCCAUCUCUCCCCACACUGCAACUCUCAAUGCCCGAGUCCAUCGCAGUUACUAUCCAAGUGGAGGGGACCCCAGAGAGGAACGGAACCGUCUUAACGUGGGUAGUGGAAGAGCGCCCGGUCUGUCAGGUCGAAAGAGGACUGCCCAUCAUCCUCGUCGCCGGAGACCUACGGACCGGUGUCGGCCGGGUCGAGAACGCGACGGACAUCCAACGUCAUUGGAUCACGUGGCUCCUCACGGGCGGCCCAACGGCAUGCGCGAUCCGGGUCCCAACCUCAUGGUCCAGACUCACACGUGACGAGAGUCAUAUCCACACCCAACUCUAUACCUUUCUACCGCAUAACCCGCCGCCCCACCGCCUCCUCGCGCACGACCCCGUAUUAUGCGACAGCGCUGAAAGCCCGUAUGAGUUCGACUCCGAGGACGACCGCCCAUGA